UAUGAUUAAUGAAAUGUCAAAUCAGUCCAAUGAACAAUGAAACAUGUUGAGUGCUGAGAGUGCUGAGUACCUGCAAGUGCAAAGUGCAACAUAAAUAUAAAUAAUUAUUAUAAACAAAAUACAAAAUAGUUUACUAUUCUGAAAAUAUAGUGGAUAGUGACUCCAAAUCAGUUUGAUAAAUGUAAUAUACAUUUUUCAUUCGUAUAUUUCAGAUAUCGUCUGUAAUAAAUAGUCCUAUAUUUGAAAUUUUACAUACAACAAUGGAACCUGAGGAAGAGGACCUCGCUGGCUUCCAAAAAAACCUGUCUGAAAUACUGAAAUCACUUUCAUACAGCUGUAGUCUUUCACACAAAACUUUUGAAAAACUUCAUAACAAGCUGGGUACAAAUCAUGAGCUAGAUGUCAACAUGAUUGAAGAUGCGGGAAUCAAAUUAUUGAGUUUUUUAUCAAAUUUAAGAGGAAAUACAGCUGUCAUAAUGAAAACUUUGGAAAAUUAUAUUGCUGAAGUUAACCAAAAUCGAAAUGAAACUUUAUUUGAAGAGUUGUCCACAAAACUCUCAGUAUGGAGAUCCAGUGUUGUCAACAUCAAUGAAAAUAAUGAAUUCACCUUCACACAACUCUGUGAUAAAGAUACUAUGGUUGAUGAGAGCAUAUUUGAAAACAAAGAAACUCCAGAAAGUAAUCAUUUGUCACCAUGUACAAGUGACUUGGAUCAGACAAGAUCACCUCAAGAUUCAAUAAUAUUCAUUGAUAACAUUUCUGAAGAUUCAUUAACUACACAAAAUUGUUCACCAAUACUAGCUGAUGAUGUAGUUAGAACCAGCAUACACAAUGAACCCAGUUACAUCAACAAUAAGACUGGAAUUGAAAAAGGUAGUAUCAAAAUGAGUCUGAAGAAGUUUGAUCAAAGUGGUACUGAAAAUACUAAUGAUCCCUGGGAUUCAAACUUGAAAACACUUGGAGAUGUGAAAAAUGAAAUUCCUAAUGAACAGAGUAAUGGUGAAAGUGAUAGACCAAGAAGAAGUAUUUGUUUGAGUCUGAAGACUGAGCCAAAUUUGAGUGAUACUCAAAAUACUGAUGAUGAUUGGAAUGAUACUCUUGAGAGGAACAGCAAUAUCAGAAGCUUUGAGAAAAGUCUUGUUAAAUUGCCUAAAAAAGAGGAGGAAGAUGAUUUUGACAUGGAAACUAUUCAACUAAAUCAAGAUCAAGAUGACAUUCUUGAUGAUUCAUUUGCUGAUUUGAAGAUGGAGCCCAGUCAGUCCUUUGUACUCAAAAAUACAGAUGAAUUCAUGAAUCUAGACAAGGAAUCUCCAUUGAUUCCUUCUGAUGAGGAAGAUGCCAGCAUAGAAUGCCCUGUGAAUGAGAAGGAUGCUACUCAACAACUAAAAGAAUUUGCGAAUUCUGUGAAUGAUAAUAUCACCAAUGAUAUUCAGUCAUAUUAUCAAGAUGGUGAGGAGAAAAAUAAUUCUCUGGAAAUCGACGAUCAAACAAGAAUUACGUCAGAUUCAGGAAUGGAAAAUGGUGCAACUGCUGUUAUUGAAGAUGAAAUGGACAUGUUAUCAACAAACGAAGUGGCUGACAAAUUGUUAGAGCAAUCAGAGAUCCCUUCUUCACCUUUAGCAUGUAAUGAGAAUGAUCAUUCGAAUCAAUCUAAACCAUCUAGUUCCAAAUGUUCAGAAGGUAAGCCAAUCCACAAAGAAAAUUCUGAUAUUGACAAAGUUUUCAAAGUGCCCGGUGUAAGCUCUAAAGAAAGUGAUUCAUGCAAGAAAAUAAUGUAUGACGACUCUAUCUGUAGUAAUGACCAAAUAGAAAAUACAGAUUCUUCUGAUGAAGAUUUAUAUAAUGCCCCUACACAGAAAAUAUCAAAAAAGGCAAAUAUGUCCGAUUCACAUAUUGAAAAUAUCGAUAAUAAUGUCGAGGACGAAAAUUUAUCCCUAAAUCCCACACAAAAACUUAUAACUAAAAUUGCUUCUUCUGAAAAUACAGACAAAUCUGCAAUAGUACAUGAAGUUUUAGUUCAUGCAAAUGCACCUGAAUCUCAAAAUGCUUAUGAUUUAGAUGAAGAUAAAACUUCAGUACCUAUAUCUGAUGAUAACUGUCUUAUAGGACCGCCAUCCAAAGUAAGAAAAAUGCUUGAUUGUUCUUCAGGAGAUGAAACAGACGUAGAUUCAGAAUAUAUGAAGAAAAUAAGUGGGAGUACUCCUAAAAAAUCAGCAUCUAAAUUAAUGAAAACUCUAGAGUCAUCAAAUAACAAAAUUGAGGUAGAAAAAAAACCCUCAUCGAAUAGGUCUUUAAAUGUCCCAAGAAAACUCGACAGCAGUAUCUCAGGAAAUCUUGAUACUGUUACAAAUAACCUAGAAAUUGAUCCUAAGGGGGAUGAUAGUGUAUUAAACGAUGAUACCGUGGAUAACCUUGAUAUAAGAGCGAAGGAAUCUGGAACCCAAAAUAUCGAGAUUGAAAAUGUAUCAGGAACAGGUCACAUGACAGAACCAGAAAUAGGUUCAGCUGUCGUUAUGGAUGGGAUUGAAGACCAAGCUAGCAAACUUUCCGAUAUCCAGUGUCAGAAUCACAAUGUAUCUUCUCCAACAAAAUCUAUCUCCAGUGUUGCUGACGAGGAUGACAACCCAUUUUCUGUUGAAACAUUAAAAUUUGAUUCAGAUGAAGAAACAGAUAGAAGCACUGGCUUCUUGAAUGAUCAUAGUUACAGUUGUGCUUCAGCUUCUGACUUGGAAGAUUCAUUCAAAGAGCCUUUCAAACCUGUGGAUGAACAAGUAAAGUCGAAUAAAGAGAGGCAACAUGUUGAUUCACUUGUUAAUAAAGAACCCUCGAAAAUAGUGGGGUCUGGUGAAAAUGAAAUACCCAACAAUGGAACAUCUAAAAGGAAGAAUUCUGCGUCCAAGGUUGAUGGUAGUGCUUCAGCCUUUGACAUAAAAAAAUCUUUCAAAAAAUCAUCUACACCUAAUGAUGUACAGGUAGGGCCAAAUCAAGGGAAGCAAAUGGGAAAUUCAACUGUUGAUAAUGAAUCAUCAAACAUUGAUUCAGAAUCUGACAUAAAUGGAUUGGAGUCUGAUGAAUAUGAAAUACAUAAUGGUGAAACAUCUGCAGAGAAGGAUACUCAGUCUAUGGUUGAUGGUUGUGCUUCAACUCCUGACAUGGAAGAAUCCUUCAAAGGAUCUUCUAUCUCUAAUAAUGAAAAGGUGGGGCCAAAUCAAGAGUAUGAAAAUAAAGAUGCAACUAUUGAUAGUGAAUCAUUGAACAAAGAUUCAGAACCUAUUAUAAAUGGAUUGGGGUCUGGCGAGAAUGAAUUACAUAAAGGUAAAGAGAUAGAUUCUGAGCAUAUGGUCGACAGUUGUUAUAUUCAUAGUGAACAUAACUAUAGCUCCCCUGGUUUGCUUUCGGAUACAGAAUAUUUGGAAAAUAAUGCUUCGGAAAAUGAUGAAAUAGCAAAUGAUUGUGAUAGUGACAUAACUGACAUUGAUCGAGUAACAAAGGACAACUUAUGGGAAAUAUCAGACAGUCAAGAUGGAACUGACAAUGAUGCCGAUAAGGACAAUUCAGCUGAACUCGAUAUGAUUCUGGACAGUCAAACUGACAAUAUUUUUUUCUCACAAGAAAGUAACAAAUCCUACGAGUUUGAUGUCACAGAAAAUGUCAAUCAUUUAGUUGAUGAAGAAAGUGACACCAUCACACAGAGAUCUUCUUCAAGAAGUUCACGGAUUAUCGAUGAGUGUGAUUCCAACUUAUCAAAUGGAAGCUCAAGACGAAUAGAUGAUUUCGAUGAUGAAAAUGUAUCCAACGAUGAAAUAGAUGCUUUUAUGGCAAAUAUGGACAAUGAAAAGGAAGUGUCGAAGCAAAAUGAAUUGGAUGAUUGUGAUAAAGAAAAUGUAUCCAACGAUGGAGUUAAUGGAUUGAUCUGCGAAAUUGACACUGGAGAUGAAGUAUCCAAGCAAAAUAAUCCAGAUGAUUGCGAUAAAGAAAAUCUAUCCAACGAUGGGAUUAAUGGAUUGCUGUGCGAUAUUGACACUGAAGAUGAAGUGUCCAAGCAAAAUAAUCCAGAUGAUGGCGAUGGAGGAAAUAUAUCCAAGGCUGAAGUAGAUGGAUUACUGUGCAAAAUUGCCAAUGAAAAAGAUGUGUCCAAACAAAAUGAUCAAGAUGAGGGGGAAGGACGGUUAAAGAAUGUUCAAGAAGCAACAUGUGAAAAUACUCCAGAAUCCUCAGAUAUUAUAGAAGAGGAUGAUAUCGUCAAAGAACUCGAAAAUAUGUUGAACGGAAGUUCAAAAGAAACAAAUGAUGGGGAUGGCAUCGAUAAACUACAUACCAAAGAAGACUGUAAAGGACAAAGCGAUAAGGAUAAAGAUGUUAAAGAUGAAAGUGAGAACACCAUUGUUGAAGAUGGAAAAGAAAAUGAUUUAGAGGAAACCAUCAUAAUUGAAAAUGAAAAUACGAAAGAAUCUUUAAUGGAUAUGAUUAUGGAAGAAUUUCUCUCAGAUACUGAAAAAGUUCGAAAAAAUGAUGAUUCUGAAGAAACGAUUAUCCUAGACUGCGAAAAUAUUAAAAUAGAAUCUGAUGGGCCGGAUAUUCAAGUUUCUGAAGGAAAUAUCGAUAUCGGUGAUGAAAUUUUGUCAUUAUUGAAAGAAGUACAAUCACCCAAAACCAGCAAUGAGAGAAAUGUGAAUUCUGAGGAUGAUGUCGAAGCAGAAGAGAUAUUGAAAAUGCUUCAAGAAAGCAGUUCUGAUCAAAGUGAUUCUGAAAGUACUGACGAUUGUUCUUUAUCAUCCAGUGACUCCAGUGUAGAGAUUGUUGAAGUAGAUAAACAAAUCACAAUUCCUGAUGAUAGAGUUUCCCAAAUAUUGAAGGAAUACAACAUGGUGAAUUGUUUUGUGCAGUUAGAAAAGUUGAAAUUAUCCCAAGGUGAAAUUGAGAACCACCAAAAAAAACUAGAGGAUAAUUGGGAGUGGCUCUGUGAUUUGACAAACCUCCAAAACAAAAGAAAGAAUCCUUCUCCCGUUCCCUUUGAAGAAACUAAGCGCCACAGGAAAAAACGAAAGGGAGUAUCCUGCGAUCAAACUGAUUUGGCUGGUUCUUCCACUGAUAGCGAUGUUGAGAUGAGUGGAUAUAGAUCCGGUACUCCUGUACUUCCUCAGCAUUUGGAAAACAAACUUGAUGAUAUUUUGGCAAACUCAAUAUGCAAGGAGUUGAGGAGAGAUGGAAACUCUAGCUCUGAAAGUAGUGAAGAUGAUGAUGAUUCAGCUACCAAGAAAAAGAAAAAGGGAAAUGGUGAUGAGGUUGAAAACAAAGGAAGUAGCGAAGACAAAUCCAAGCGUGUCCUGAGCAAGGAAGAACUGAAAAAGAAAGCAUGGAAAAAUGAUCCAUUACUCAGAGGACGACUAUCUUCCCAUUCUGAGAGUGAUGAAAGUAAAACUUCGAAUUCAAAUAGAAGAAGGAAGAAAACACGUUAUGAGAAGACUGACAUUAGCAUUGAUUCUGACAAACUCGAUUCUGACAGUGAUGCUGAUGUAUACAAGAAGAACAAAUCAAAGCUUGAAGAAAAAGAAAUUAGCCCUAUCAAAAGAAACAUUCCUGUCUCGGAUACCAGCGAUAGCGAUAGUGAUAUAGAAUUUGUUCCUCAAAAGAUGAAAACUCCAGUGAAAGCUGAGAGUGAUGAACUUGGUCCGGGUUCUAGUCAGAAAGGUAGGCGUAACAUCAGAGCCUUGAUGUCUGAAGAUGCCUUGGCGGAGGCCACACAAAAAGCCAAAAAAGAAGAAUUAGAGAGGAUAGAGAGGCUGAAAGAAAGGGAUAAAGUGAUCGAGACUUUGUCUCAGUCAUUUAGCAUGACUCAGAGUGAAGAACCGGAGGUUAACCCACUGUUCCUAGAUGUAGAUGAAAAAUCUGGGGAACCGACAAUUCAUGUUCAUAAUAAAGUUACAGCAAAACUAAAAGACCAUCAAAGAAUAGGAAUUCAGUUCAUGUGGGACUCAUGUUAUGAGAGCGUUGAAAGGUUGCAGAAACAUGAUGGAUCAGGAUGUAUUUUGGCACAUUGCAUGGGUCUAGGAAAAACCUUCCAGGUUCUUGCACUCGUACACACAUUGUUCAAUCAUGAAGUGACAAAGACAAAGCACGUCUUAGUUAUUUGUCCUCUGUCUACUGUGAGUAAUUGGAAAAAAGAAGUAAAAUGGGCUUUUAAAGGGAUCCCAGAGCAUAAAAAUUUCAGUGUCUUCACCAUAGCUACUCGUAAAGAAAACACAAAUAAAUAUGAAAUAGUGAAAAAAUGGAGACUUCGUAAAAAAGCCCUACUCGUUUUGGGUUAUGAAGGGUUUGAAACACUGACAAACGAUUCCAAAUUAGAUAAACUUGGACCAAACUUGAAAAGUACCAUGUUGGAGUCAUUGAUGGAUCCAGGUCCCGAUUUGGUCGUUUGCGAUGAAGGUCAUCUUCUUCGGAAUAAAAAUGCUCUCAAAUCUAUAGCAUUGAAUAAAAUCAGAACCAAACGACGAAUCGUUCUCACUGGAACACCUUUACAAAAUAACCUCAAUGAAUAUUACCAUAUGGUGCAGAUUGUUAAACCUAAUCUCUUGGGUAAUGCAAAAGAAUUCAAAACCAAUUUUGUCAACCCAAUAACUAAUGGUCAGUAUGAGGAUUCCACAGAAGAAGACAUCAGACUGAUGAUGAAAAGAACCCAUGUACUGCAUAGGCUUUUAGGAAAAACUGUUCAGAGAAUAGAAGAUAGUGAGCUGGAAUUAUACCUUCCGAAAAUGGUGGAUCAUGCUGUAUUCGUCCAGCUGACGCAAACGCAAAUAGACUUCUACAAUCAUUUCUCCGAACUAGUGAAACGUAAACCGGAGAAUAAAAAUACCAAAGGAUUCUUAAGCGAUUUCCAGAUAUUCCAGUACAUCUGUACUCAUCCUCAGCUACUCGCCGUGAUGGAUAAACUUAAUAAAAAGAAGAUAAAGGAAAGGGAUUUGAUUACGAAUGAAGACGAGCCGGCUAUUUGCACUAUAGAAGGCUGGUGGAAAGACAAACUUCCGGUUGACAGUGAAAGCAACAUCGAUUACGGAAAUAAGUUGGUUGUUAUGAAGUCUAUUAUAGAAGAAUGUGAAGAAAUUGGUGAUAAAGUAUUGGUGUUUUCUCAAUGUUUGGGAGAACUAGAUCUCAUUGAACAUUUCCUGAAAACUUUCGGUACCAGAAAAUGUGCUUCCUGGCAAAAAAAGGUUGAUUACUACAGAAUGGAUGGCACAGUUUCCCCAGAAGAUAGAUCCUUCAUCUGUGAUAAGUUCAAUAAUCCAGACAAUUCACGGAUAAGGUUGUUGCUGAUGUCUACCAAAGUGGGUGGUUUGGGCUUGAAUUUAACUGCAGCAAAUAGGGUGAUCAUUAUGACUGUCAAUUGGAACCCCUCUUAUGACACCCAGAGUGUUUUCAGGGUAUACAGAUUUGGACAAAAGAAGGCAGUUUAUGUGUACAGGCUCAUCGCCUUGGAUACCAUGGAAGAAAAAGUUUAUCAGCGUGGAGUUACCAAACUUGCCAUUGCUCAUCGAGUGGUGGACAAACACCAAAUCACGAAUCACUACCAGCGAGAGAAUUUGCAAGAACUGUACACUUGCAAGCCAAACGCUGAUAACGAAAGGCCUACCCCUAAUGUUCCUGAAGAUCAGAUUUUAGCGAUAUUGAUACUGAGGCUGCCUUUCAUCUUCAAAUAUCACGAGCACAAAGCUCUGUUGGCGAACAGGCCCGAAAUCAAUCUCAGCAAAGAAGAAUUGGCUGCUGCUUGGCAAGCAUGGAAGGACUUUGAGAAUACACCAAAACCUGCUCCACCGCCUCCAAAAUCAUCGGUACCAACAACACCACAAAAACCUGUUCAGACAGGACCGGAUUUCAACAAUGCAUAUAGUUUGGGUCGGAAUAAUAUCAACAUUUUAGCCAAUCUCAACAGGAACCUGCCAUUGUUGCCGACAGCUGAACAAGUGAAGCAGUACUAUGUUCCCGUUGUACAGGCAAAUGGGGUAUACCGUCCACAAGUUAUGAAUUUUCCAAAUCCAUAUUCCAAUCAAUACAAUCCAAAUGGAAAUCAAUUGAACAUAUCAACAAAAGAUCCUCUUUACUUGCCAACCUCCGUUAACCAGGCAGAUAAGUUAUCCAGUAGAAUGUGGUCGUACACAUCUGAUCAAAAUAAGAACAUCAGGCUACCUGCUCCUCCAUUGACCAGAUUGCCAGCUCCGAAACAAACAACUGUCAGUGUUGCCUCUUCCGUUUCCAAGGAUAAUGCAGAAACGAUUCAAGUGGGAACUCCCAGAACUUCCACGAUAUCUGUUGCUAAUAGGCUACCUGCUCCUCCUUUAACCAGAUUGCCAGCUCCGAAACAAACAACUGUCAGUGUUGCUUCUUCCGUUUCCAAGGAUAAUGCAGAAACGAUUCAAGUGGUAACUCCCAGAACUUCCACGAUAUCUGUUGCUAAUAGGCUAUCUGCUCCUUCAUUAAUGCCGGUCGCUGCCAAUAGCUCUGGGAGCGCAGUGAACAGAACUGAUCCAAUUGUGAUAGACACAAGUAAACCAAGCGCAGUGGUCUUGUGGCCUCCAACCACCAUAACGAAUGGAUAUAGAUUACAACCAAACCGGUUCAUUCCUGUGAAUACAGGCAUUGAUAAUAAACGAAACGCUGAAACUCCUAAGCUCCAUUUAAAUCCAGCAUCAGAAACGAAACUCGUUCAAGUCCGGAAGCCUCAGUACAGCUCCCCCAAACCAAAAUUAACAGUGGUACCAACGUUAGUACCAUCAAAAUUUGCCCAAAACCCUAAUAGUAUUUUAAGAAUCAAUCCGACAAGAGAAGUUCCUCCGUUAACGAAACACAUAGUUGUGCCACCGAAAUGCUCAAAUAUAGUACCUCGAAAAAUUAUGAAAGAAAAUACAGGGCCAAAUCCAGCGAACAGGGUUCUUGGGAAGACAAAAAACACAGAUCAGAACGGACCGUCUACGUCAUCUGCAAAUGGUAAUAUUUCAAAUGGAAAUAUAACCAGUAAGCCAACAGCGAAAAGAAAAUUAGAGCAGUUAAUUAAAGAUGACGUGGCCAAGAAAAUGAAGGCUACAGUAACUCCUAGAAACAAAAAUAGAAAUCAAAGCGCAAAAGGAAUGAGGGGAAAGGUGUCAUCACAAAACGCAAUAGGGGACACUAUCAACCUGGUUGGUGCCGAAGAUAAGGUGUCAAAUCCUUCUUCAGAUUCGGCUUCCUUGUCCAACGAGCUGUUAAAGACCCUGGGACAGAGUGGCGUAACGAUACGUAAAGUUACUAAUGCACAAGAUAUAAUAACCCUUGAUUAAUGAAUGAAUGUAUUUUAAGUAAAAGGUUAAUUAAAUCUUAUCGAUCUCUAACCGAAUGUACAUUUUUCUUAGUUUUAUAAUAAGAUCACAAAAAGAAUCAUGUUUCGAUAUGAAAUGUGUAUACAAUGUAUACUGUUUACUUUUUUUAUUAAAAUUAUUUAUUGUAUAGUUGUGAAAAUAAAUGAUACUAUUAUUGUUUGGUGUUCUAAUUUUAAUUGCAUGCAUACAAAUUCAAACUCUUUCACCUAAAAAUUCCGAAAUGAUUGCAGCACAAAUCCAUUUUGAGUUGACAAAUGAUUUCCAUAGCAAAUUAUUCUUGCUGUUGAAAAUUUCUUCAUCUACUUCCACUGAAGAUCUAGGAAGAGUGUGCAAAAAUACCCAAUUUUUGUCGGCAUGUUCAUCCAGGUAUGUUCUUCGAAGCUUGACGUUAUUCUCUGAAUGUUGGUUCGUUGUUAUAACAUGAGCACCUU